ACCAGAUCCUCCCCUGGCCACCGUCGACUACUAAAUACCUCCUACAUUACCCAUCGAGCUCGCGGCUUGCACUUCCACCGACAUCGACCUCCACGUCUCAAGAAAUAUUGCCCGCGAUGGCAGCGAACACGAAAUACACACCCGCGCCACAACGCGACAGCUUCGAGGAGCAGGCCCCUCAUUAUUCCCAACCGCCACCUUCUUACCAGGCUGAGCCUUUGCUAGGAGAGGCAAGGAGCGAGGAUGACAAUGUGCCCGAUGACUUCAAGUUUGGCGGCUCAGUCGCAGAAGCUACUCUCCCCAUCCGCAUGCAAUUCAUUCGCAAGGUCUAUGCCAUCCUCACAGUUCAACUCCUUCUCACCACGGCACUCAGCGCCGUGUCCUUCUUCUCGCAGCCAUACAAGAACUGGAUCCAGUCGAACCAGUGGGCAAUGUGGGUGUCGCUCUUUGGAGCCAUCGGAUUCAUGCUUUUGACGUUCUGGAAGAGGAAGAGUUACCCUAUGAACUUGGCCUUCUUGGGCGUGUUUACUGCUAUGGAGGCAUACAGCAUCUCCGUAAUAACCUCAUUCUACGAAUCACGAGUUGUGCUCCAAGCCCUCAUAUUCACGCUCGGUAUCUUCGUCUUCCUCUCCCUAUUCGCCUGUCAGACCAAGUACGACUUCACGAGCUGGAUGCCAUACCUAUUCGGAGCACUGUGGGUGCUGAUUAUCUUCGGCUUCAUGGCGGCUUUCUUCCCUCGAAGCAGUGGGGUUGAGCUCGGAUAUGGUAUCGUGGCGGCUUUGAUAUUCUCAGGAUAUAUCCUGGUGGAUACACAGCUGAUCAUCAGGCACUACCACGUGGAAGAGGAGAUCGCUGCGGCGAUUAGCUUGUAUCUGGACAUUCUCAAUCUGUUCUUGGCGAUUCUGAGGAUUCUCAACAGCCAGAACAACAAUUAAAGAUGGGGACAACAGCUGGUGGAAGGCGUUUUGAGGCGUUUACUAGCGGGCUUACGAGAGGAUAAGAAUGCGUUCACGAGCAGUGCAUACGUGUAGUUAUAGUCUUGGAAAUGUUCAAAAGGGAUUCAUAUCGACUGGUGGGAUACUCUCGCGUGAUCACAAAUGGACAUGUUUACCAAGACGACCUCACAGACUGGUUUCCUG